AUAGUUGCUCGCUCACCCUGCUGUUGGCUCACUGGUUGGCGAUUCUGGGGGAGUUCAGCCGCCGUGAAAGAGCACAUCACGGCUCAGUUCGCGUUGGGACAGAGUGCAGUUUGGAUCAGCAACAAUUUGAGCGAGCUGCUCCCGGUUCGGAGAUUCACGCGAAGUGAUUGAAUGUUUAAUUUGGUCCACUACUGGCACGCAGGCAUCAUUGCAAAUGGUUAUUAUUUUGUUUUUGCGCGUUUGCGGGCAUUUUUUUCGUUCUCGAUAAGCGACCGAAAAUGUGACCGCCUUUUCGAAGGUGUGUAAUCGGAAUUUGUGCUUACGUGUUAAGUUUGGGUUAAUCCGAAUCAAUUUUUUUUUCUAUCGGUGCCAUACGCCUCGUGGGUCUUUGACGAUAUAUUGAAAAAAGUUAUAAAAUACUAAAGCAAAUGCAACAUUGCAAAAAUAAAAAUAUUGCGCAAAAUGAGGAAAAAUCUCUGCUAAAUGUACAUAUGUAAUUGUACUGCAACUAUACAUUGUGUAUUGGUUUGGCUUACAGAUUAGUGUUUGGUGUUUAUCCAGAAUUCUCUGUGUUUGAGUGUGAAAAAUUACGGGAAGCCCAUAGCGGGAGACCGAUUCGAUUCGAAAUUAGUGCAUCCCAGUCAUUUUGUUUGCGAUUUCAAUGCAAUAACACGAAGGAAAAAAAGUAAACGAUAGCUGAACAAGCAGAAAAGGAAAAAUAAAAAAGUUUUCACAAAGCGUGUGCAAAAUAAGUAAAAAAUAAACCAACCGAAAGCAAGAAUAGCAACCAAAAAUAAAACAAAAUCGCAUAUAAUUGAGAAUAAUAUUUGGUGUGUAUACGUUUGUGAUAAGUAAAACGCAGAAAGUCAGAAUUCGGAGAGUGAGAAUCGUCCGUAUACGUCUAUGAAGAUAGUGUUUUUGUUGGGCUAUUUGUGCAAAUAAUUUUUCGGGGGAGAUUCGGGCUUUCGCAAUUGCCGUGUGGUACUGCUGCCGCUGCCGGUUAUUUUCAAGAGCAAAUGAUGCGCCCGGUGUGAGUGCAUCUCAUCAUACUUGUGGAAAAUUGAGUGCUGUCGUGGUUGAAAAGAGAGAGUGGGUGCAAGAGCGCUCAGGAAACGUGAGAUCCUCACAGGUGCGAGAGAGGGAGAGUUUUCGGGAAUUAAAUUGAAGGGUUAAGUAAAAUUUAGUGACUGCGUUUAACUGAGGAUUAAUUCAAGGAUCACCGAGUGGAAUUUUCCGAAGGCGUCUGUGAAUUUGAAGAUUUGAUCUAAUCUAAGUCCUGUCGAAAUCAUCGAAUUUCACCAAACUGGCAGAAAUGUCGACAACGGAACGGGAACUUACUCCCGGAGGCCCACCGCCUAACAUGCACCCUCCUCCACUCUCCUAUGCAGAUUUAUCUACGCACAUUCAACUCAACGGAGUAAACAUUAUGGGCAAAAAUUUCAACGAAACACCAUGGAAUACUUCGCCGCCAAGGCCUCCAAGUCCGACUCAGUCGCAGACCAGCUUCGAUACACUCUCACCUCCUCCAGCCGGUGCCACAGUUAACCCGACCCCCGUUUCGACCACGUCCGGGGCCCAGAAUGUGCAGACGUCCGCCCUGGGGGUGGUUCCGGCCACACCGCCCGCCCCACCGGAUCUACCCGUGUUCACCUGCCCACGACGGCCAAAUCUCGGCCGCGAGGGAAGGCCGAUCGUGCUGCGUGCCAACCAUUUCCAGAUCACGAUGCCCCGUGGCUUCGUUCACCAUUACGAUAUCAACAUCCAACCGGACAAGUGUCCGCGCAAGGUCAACCGGGAGAUCAUCGAAACCAUGGUCCACGCCUACAGUAAAAUGUUCGGCGCACUCAAGCCUGUGUUCGAUGGCCGGAACAAUCUGUACACCAGAGAUCCUCUGCCGAUUGGAAACGAUCGGGUUGAACUGGAGGUAACCCUGCCGGGAGAAGGCAAAGAUCGAGUGUUCCGUGUCACCAUCAAGUGGGUGGCUCAGGUUUCGUUGUUCAAUCUUGAAGAAGCAUUGGAAGGUCGCACCCGGCAGAUCCCCUACGAUGCGAUCCUUGCUCUGGACGUGGUGAUGCGACACUUACCCAGCAUGACUUACACGCCCGUUGGACGAUCUUUCUUCAGCUCUCCGGAUGGUUAUUAUCAUCCUCUCGGAGGUGGUCGUGAAGUUUGGUUUGGUUUCCAUCAAAGCGUUCGGCCUUCUCAAUGGAAAAUGAUGCUUAAUAUCGAUGUGUCGGCCACCGCCUUCUACAAGGCCCAGCCGGUGAUCGAGUUCAUGUGCGAGGUGCUCGACAUUAGGGACAUCAACGAGCAGCGCAAACCCCUCACCGACUCGCAGCGGGUUAAGUUCACCAAGGAAAUCAAGGGUCUCAAGAUAGAAAUAACUCACUGCGGCACCAUGCGUCGAAAGUAUCGGGUCUGUAACGUCACCCGCCGACCAGCACAAAUGCAAUCCUUCCCUCUACAGCUGGAGAACGGGCAAACCGUCGAGUGUACCGUGGCCAAAUACUUCCUCGAUAAGUAUAAGAUGAAGCUGCGCUAUCCGCAUCUGCCGUGUCUGCAGGUCGGCCAGGAGCACAAGCACACCUACCUGCCGUUGGAGGUGUGCAACAUCGUGGCCGGGCAGAGGUGCAUCAAGAAGCUGACCGAUAUGCAGACGUCCACCAUGAUCAAAGCGACCGCUCGAUCGGCUCCGGAUCGUGAACGGGAAAUCAACAACCUGGUGCGCCGGGCUGAUUUCAACAAUGAUGCCUACGUGCAGGAGUUUGGACUGGCCAUCUCCAACAACAUGAUGGAGGUGCGGGGCCGUGUGCUUCCACCCCCUAAGCUUCAGUAUGGUGGGCGCGUUUCAAGCAUGAGCGGACAAUUACCUUCUGCUCCACAGAAUAAGGUGAGCUUAGCAUUACCAAACCAAGGGGUUUGGGACAUGCGAGGCAAACAAUUUUUCACUGGCGUCGAGAUCCGGGUGUGGGCCAUCGCCUGUUUUGCGCCGCAACGAACCGUGCGGGAGGAUGCCCUGCGAAACUUUACCCAGCAGCUGCAGAAGAUUUCCAACGAUGCCGGUAUGCCGAUCAUCGGGCAGCCCUGUUUCUGCAAGUACGCCACCGGACCGGACCAGGUCGAGCCGAUGUUCCGCUAUCUGAAGAACUCGUUCAACCAACUGCAGCUGGUGGUGGUUGUGUUGCCCGGAAAGACCCCAGUUUAUGCCGAAGUCAAGCGUGUUGGCGAUACCGUACUCGGAAUGGCAACCCAGUGUGUCCAGGCCAAGAAUGUUAACAAAACUUCACCGCAGACCCUGUCCAAUCUCUGCCUGAAGAUCAACGUCAAGCUGGGCGGCAUCAAUUCAAUCCUUGUGCCAUCGAUUAGACCAAAGGUAUUUGACGAACCGGUGAUUUUCCUGGGAGCCGAUGUUACGCACCCGCCAGCUGGGGAUAACAAAAAACCGUCGAUCGCAGCCGUGGUCGGAUCGAUGGACGCUCAUCCGUCUCGGUACGCCGCUACGGUUCGGGUACAGCAACAUAGGCAGGAAAUUAUCCAGGAACUCAGCAGCAUGGUUAAGGAGCUGUUAAUCAUGUUCUACAAAUCGACCGGUGGCUUCAAACCGCACCGUAUUAUUCUCUAUCGAGAUGGGGUUUCUGAGGGCCAGUUCCCGCACGUGUUGCAGCACGAGUUGACCGCCAUCCGAGAGGCUUGCAUUAAGCUGGAGGCCGACUACAAGCCGGGUAUUACGUUUAUCGUAGUGCAAAAGCGACACCACACGCGACUGUUCUGUGCCGAUAAGAAGGAACAGAGUGGCAAGUCAGGAAACAUACCGGCGGGUACGACCGUCGAUGUGGGAAUCACUCACCCAACCGAGUUCGAUUUCUACCUGUGCAGUCAUCAGGGUAUUCAGGGUACCAGUCGGCCGUCUCACUAUCACGUCCUCUGGGACGACAAUCAUUUCGAGUCGGACGAGCUGCAAUGCCUCACGUAUCAGUUGUGCCACACUUACGUUCGGUGCACCCGGUCGGUUUCGAUUCCGGCUCCAGCAUACUACGCCCAUUUGGUGGCGUUCCGAGCAAGGUACCAUUUGGUCGAAAAGGAACACGACUCGGGCGAGGGAUCGCAUCAAAGCGGCUGCUCCGAGGACCGAACCCCAGGAGCCAUGGCUCGGGCCAUCACCGUUCACGCCGAUACCAAAAAAGUUAUGUACUUUGCUUAAAGAAAGUAUUUGUUUUUCUAUCUUCUUCGACGUCGUCGUCGUUUGCUCCAUAAUACAAGGGAAUAUUUGCUGUUGCAAGGUCGCUGGCCAAAGGUUAGUCUGUUCAGUGUUUCGGCAAAUUCCGAUGCCAAGUGUGCCAAUAUGGGAAAGAACUCGACAUGUAACAGCAAACCAAAACUUCAGCAUCAGUAGCAAUUUUGUUUUGUUAUGAAUAGAGUUUAAAUUCAUAUAAUUUUUACACAAGGGAAACACACGAUUCUGUCGUAAGAUUUUCAAAUUGUAUAGAGUAAGUUUUCUCCCUCAACAAAAUGAGGACAAAGUGAAUCGUAUCUUCAAAUUAGUCAGGAUUAGUAAUCGUUUAUGAAUUAUUUAUAUUAUGAAAAAAAUAUUUCUUACUGGAACUUAAUAUUUAGUUGCAUUAGCCGAGAGCGCUUAACGAGAGAGCCGAAAACAAAAUUAUCUAACCUUUUAACAUUCUUCCUUGAACAAAAAAGAUAAAAACACGGGGAAGGGAAACACUCGAGCAAUAGCAAUGCAAAUCCAUCAUAUGUCGUAUUGUAAGAAAGUUUGAGUUUCAAUUACCUAUUUGUUACGAUGACAAACACGUAAACAAAUCACACACACAUAUGCUAGGAAUAGAUUGUAUUUACUUAUAUCAUUGAAUCAAAUAUCUAGGUACUAGGAUGCGUGGGAGGACAAACGAGGAUCAAUAUCAAGCGAACGUAAGGUUUCUGUUUUUUAAGUAAUUUCUACUUUUGCUCAAACACCAAACUAAUCACUUACGCAAAAGGGUUACUCAUAAAAACCACCACAUUUUAUAGGUUUCGAAUGGCUUUAAUCCCAAAAAUUAGUAAAGAAACAAAACAAAUUAUGGAUAGAAAUAAACGUUUAAACAAAUGUAACAUUUCAGAAGCUUCCAAUUUAGUUUUAAACUAUUUUUUUUUUCAUAUGCAAACGUUUAUGGUAUCAAGCAAAACUUACAGCGAGUAAAACAAGACCGUAUAUUUAAAUAAAUUAAUAGUGACUAGUAGUAAGACUAGAGGCAGGCUGCAUUCGAAGGAGUUUCUGGGAAGUAGUCGAACUAAACCGAAAAACCUUUUGUUUACUAUUGACCCGAGAAAAAUAAACAAACUUAUCAUCAAUACUUAGUUCAGUCUAAAAAGGUUUACUUAGGCGAGAGAGUUUUUUUUAAUUACACUAUCAUCCAGUUAGUUGUUCGUUGAAAUUUAAAACCUCAAAAAAGAACGCAAGCAGAGGUAACGAAAAUUAUUUAACUAUGUAAGAGGAACAGUUUCGAUCUUUGGAAGCGUAAGAAUUUUUUUCGAGCUCGUUACGUUGUCAAAAAAUUUUCUUACCGGAAGAAAUUUGGCUCAAUUGACCGUGGAUAUAAAACAUUCCUCAAGAUACCCCGACAAAAAGCAAAGAACAGCGAAUGUUAGUGCUUCGUAAAAAGGGGGAAAAUAACGCAACUGUCAGGGACAAUCUUAAACGGCUUAUGAUGAGUUUUUUUUUGAUAAAUAUUCACAUAGAUGGUGGAUACUCCCCAAUCUUAUCAUGUGCUUAUUUGUAGAUGCCUGAUUUCUUGAUUUGUUUUUAUUGUGAAACUUUCUAAAAGAUCCCGAUUUGAGUUUUACUGAAUCUUUCUACAAACAGUCGAAUGCUAAACUUAAGUAUGUGAUGAUGAAAAUUAAAAAAAAAACGUGAUGAAAGAUUUCAUUUAGAUCUUCACAGGGCAGAAUAUUUCAAAAGUGUCAAAACAUCGCAAAUCAGAAUACUAAAAACAUUUUCUCACUGUCAAACGUAUUAAAAAAGGGAUCAAGUUUCACAAUCUUUCCUAGAAAUUUAAACCCUCAGAGAUCUUAACCGCAAACCUAGGCAUGGAAAUUUAUGUACUCAAAGCGCAGCCUAACUUACCCACUUUUCCUAAGCGAUUUUGCACAGCUGAUCAUGGAACUAAGUAGCAGCAACACUAAACCGAAAAACAAGGGAUAAAUAUAAUAAGUUAAGAUUAUCAACCAGAAUAUCACCCAGAAUAGAAAGAAACAAACGGUAGUUAAAAAGUGUAGCUUUUUUUUCUUAAAUCAUCUCGUUUACUAAAUGUUAACAUGAAAUGAAAAGUAUCUCCAAUAAAUCAAUCCAGCAUCCCCCGGGAAUAUAAACAAACAACAGGUAUGGGUGAAUCCGGAUAUCCGGGACAUGAUCGAGAAACAAUUUAUGUGAGAUAACAUCUAAACAAGAAAAAAAUGUAAGGCCAAAGCCAAGUCACAUCACGACGAAAUGUCGAAAUAGGAGAAUGGCAAAGAAAGCAACACGCAGCCACUAAACUUCAUAUAUGGGAAAAAACAUAAUAAAUUUUAAAUAUAUGAUAUAAAAUAUAUUCUAACGACGAUGCGCGAAAGAUGAAAGAGACGUCUCUGGAUGUACUCCACAAUUUUAUUUAGGAUUUUAAGGAAAUCUACAGACAAAAACAAAUAAAGAGAUCUAAAAUGUUUGCAUAAAACACACCAAUACUUUCACCGACCACUUCUCGCUUCAUUUUCAUGAUCAUCUCAAUCUCAUCAAAUGGAAAAAUGCCCUUUUAAAUAAGAUGCGACAUUGACACAUUAUAAAUCUCAUAAAACAAUUUAACCGUUGGUGUAACAAAACACGAACCAAUGUUGCUUGAGAGAAAUGAGAAGUGAGUGUACACACUCAUUCCCUUUGAUGUAAUAGAGAUAGACUUCUAAUACCAACAGAAAUAUCGAUGUGAAACAAGUGAAACAAAACCUAUAAAUCAGCAAAAGAAUAUCGAACAAUUAAAUUAGAUAACAGGAACAAUAAAAGAUUAAAAACAACAAACGUCAACUAAACCGAGAAAGCAAAUCUUACAAUCAUGGAUCAAAAUGCAGAAUCUUCACAGAAUGAGACAUCAAACGAGAUAACUUUCAAAGUGAAAUAACAAUACCAAGGAAAAUGACAAAAAGACGACCGACAGACGUUACAAGCUUUCAUUAGAUAGGUACGUUUCCGUGAAAAUGUUUGUUCAGCUAAAAAAAUAAGUUCAUAUACGAACAAAAACGUCUCCUGUCCAGUUUUAUUUUUUAUUCAUACCUACAUAAAAAAGUAUAGGUUUAACAUCAUCGGUACAAAGGCCUUGCCUUUGGGAAUGCCUUUGUUAGCUAUUCAUGAAUUAAUUUCGAUCUCGAUCAAACCAUUUUUCCUGCAUUGCUCUUUUUUAUACGAUUGUGUUUAACCUUUUUCUCGAUGAUAGUUUUUUUAAUUAAUCUUCAUCUGUCGAUAGUUUUUUUCCUCUUAUCUGCUACAUGAAAAACUUUCAACUUAAAUCUGCAAACAUGUUUCAUGGACACGGGACUAGAAACAACUAACGACCUAGUGUAUAUUGCGAAACCAUAGAGAAGACCUUUCCAUUAUAUUAAAUAAAAAAAAAAUCAAAGUGAAAUCAAGACCCGGGAAUAUUUAUAAAUCAAUGUUAGCUUGUAAGAUAACAACAACACUAAAUAAGCAGAAGAUCAUAAACAAUUUUCCAAUCAUCACUUAAAAAUGCGAUAUGAAUAAAAGAAUCGAGCUGCAGCAAAUGAGAAAAGGAUGAAAAUAUUGAAACUGAACAAAUGCACACUCGAGUUGAAUACAAAAGGGAGCUGUGCUGUGAACUUACAAAAAGGAACACACAAUCCCAACCAGACAGACACACUCAAACACACACACACACAUACACACUAAUCAACAAAAGCAUACAAGGGAUUUUUCGAUGCUAUUGAAAAAAAACUAUAUAUUUAGUCGGUAAGAUUUUGCGUGUACGUAUUUUUUAAACUGUGGAAAAGCCCAGAGGAAACAAAAAAUAUUCUAGAACCGCAAGAAUCAGUCAGUUAUUUAAAAAAAACACUUGUAUGAUAGGAGACAACUUAAAAAAUCGGUGGUGAAUUGAGUGGCAGAAAAAAGUUGUGAAAUUUAGUUGAAUCUUAACUCAAUAAUUGAUGCCUUCAUGAGAACGUCUGAACCAAAAAUAUAACAACAAAAACACAAUUAACACAAUUAAAAAGAAGUAUCAGUUAAUUUGUGUAAGCAAUUGAAAAAAAAACACACCCACACACAUUUAGAUAUGUUAUAAAUCAAAGGCCAACCCAUUAAGACGCAUAAUUAGUUUUGUUCUGUUUUCUAAUACAGAUUAGUUGUAAGCAUCUUAACAAACCAAGCAACAAAAGUAAAAAUGAACAGUGUAACUAGCUCUUAAAUGAAUAAAAAAACCUAUAGACACAUCCACACGAUGGUAAAAGAUCAAAAUCACAUCCACACGUGUUAGUUUUUAGAACAAUGAAACAUAACAAACUUUGUUGAAUCCUCGAGCUCCAAAAAGCGGUAAACCAGAAGACGGACAGCCAAUAUCGAAAAAAAAACGAAGCCAAUUCUGUGUAAUCUUUAUAGCUAUAAGUAAGUUAUCGCUAUGACGUGUCUUCAUCUCGUAAGUUUUUCUUUAUCUUCUUAAAGCGAAAGGAUUGAUUCCAAAACCUUGUUGAUUUUGUUUCUAAAACAGCUCUCCCAAACAACAAACGUAACGUACCUUCAAGCUCCUUGAAAAAAUUAUUUGUAUUUAUGUAUCGCAAGCUUUCUACUGCUGAAAAAUGUGUUGAUUUCGUUUAAAAAAAAAAAAAACAA